UGUUGUUCUGUGAUUGUAGAGCUCCAUGUUCUUCAGAGAAUGAUUGGUUGUGAACUGGAGAAACUUCCUGAUGGAACAGUGAGUCUGAGAGCAUUUGAUGAAUAUGGAUUUGAUGGAGAGGAUUUUAUGGUCUUUGAUUCUGAAACUCUGCAGUGGAUUGAUAAAAACCCCAAAGCUAAAGAAACCAAAAUGCAUUGGGAUCAGCAAACAGAACGAAACCAAUUCCUCAAGCAAUACCUCAAGAACUGCAUGAACUGGAUCUCCACAUUUAACCACACCAGAAAGAGUAAACCAAAUGUUCACAUCACUUUGAGGAAAGCUCCUAAUGAUCAAAAUAAGCAGGUUUUGAUCUGUCUGACCACUGGCUUUUACCCCAGAGAUAUUGAGAUGGACAUUAGGUUUAACAAAACUGUCCUUAAAGAUCAGGCAUCGUCUGGAAUCAGACCAAAUGAUGAUGGAUCCUUUCAGAUGAGAACCAGAGUGGAGAUCGACAGAAGUCACGAAGGGAUUUAUGACUGUUUUGUCAUUCACAGCAGCCUGACAGAACCAGUUUCAGCAGUAUUGAUGGUAAAAUGCACUGAUUGUGAAGAAUCCAAAUGGCCUGAUAAAAAAGGAGUAGCAGCAGCAGCUCUAGUUCUUCUAGCUGUAGUUCUAGUUCUGAUUGUUUGGCAGCGCUACAAAAGGAGACCGAGAAUUUACACAGGAAUGGCGUAUUUCUGCAGUGAAACGUCAGAGAGUUUAAAAUGCUGUUGA